CGUGCCUCUAUGCGCAUGCGCUGUAAGCGAGUGCGCAAGCGAAAGUAUUCAUUACAGCCGGAGACGGCCAAGAACGCGAAUUUCUUUCUAAAGAUUCAGAACUUCAGACGUUCCACCACCUUCUCAAGGAAGCACCAGAAGUGCUUUACCGAAUUAAUAAUUGCAUUACCAAAAAUAAGUUCCACAGCAGAAGCGAGUGCAGGUUACAGGAAAAGAUCAUUUCUGAAGCAGAAAAUGGCAAUUGUGGCUGGUUUCGGUCCGCUUGAAGCCUUCAUUGGGGCAGAAGAGGGAGUGGCUCUGACUGAUGUCGAUGGCAAAUACUGGAGUCCGAUUGAAUGUAAUGGAAUAUAUCCUAUUGAGUGCUGCAAGGAGGCAAAAGACCCUUGGUGCAAGUUCCUCAUAGAAAAGGUCGGGGACCAUAAAGUUCGUAUGAAAGAUCUGAGAGGGGUAUACCUCAGUCGUAUUCACAGAUGUGGUAUAGACUUUAUUGAGGCAGCUAAGAAUCCCCCUGACGUGUAUUGUGAAUUUGAAGUUUUCGUGAAGGAUGGGAAGGUUUUGUUUAGAGCUGACAAUGGUAAAUAUCUGAGUCUCAUUGACUGUGGACGCCUCAACAUCGAAGCUGCCAAGGACGGACCGGACAAGUAUUGUGAAUUUACCCCAACCAUCGGAGACAUCGUCAGUCCUGAGUUUGAGAUCGUCUCUGUGGACUUCAAGAAUGUCCGUGAACUUACUCACAUACCAGCUGUUGUCCAGAAAGAAACUUACGUCAACAAGAGUAGCGUGGAGCAGAAGCACAGGUUUAGUAUGUCGUGGACAAAAGCUGAGUCUGCAACAACCACUUGGAAUCAGACUUGGGGUUUGAACUCCACUCUGACUUUUGAUUGUGAUUGUGCUAAUCAUCUAAUGUCUUUGGCCAGAUUCAGAACUUCAGACGUUCCACCACCUUCUCAAGGAAGCACCAGAAGUAGGAGCUCAUUACCAAAAAUAAGCUCCACAGCAGAAGCGAGUGCAGGUUACAGGAAAAGAUCAUUUCUGAAGCAGAAAAUGGCAAUUGUGGCUGGUUUCGGUCCGCUUGAAGCCUUCAUUGGGGCAGAAGAGGGAGUGGCUCUGACUGAUGUCGAUGACAAAUACUGGAGCCCGAUUGAACGGAAUGGAAUAUAUCCUAUUGAGUGCUGCAAGGACACAAAAGACCCUUGGUGCAAGUUCCUCAUAGAAAAGGUCGGGGACCAUAAAGUUCGUAUGAAAGAUCUGAGAGGGGUAUACCUCAGUCGUAUUCACAGAUGUGGUAUAGACUUUAUUGAGGCAGCUAAGAAUCCCCCUGACGUGUAUUGUGAAUUUGAAGUUUUCGUGAAGGAUGGGAAGGUUUUGUUUAGAGCUGACAAUGGUAAAUAUCUGAGUCUCAUUGACCAUGGACGCCUCAACAUCGAAGCUGCCAAGGACGGACCGGACAAGUAUUGUGAAUUUACCCCAACCAUCGGAGACAUCGUCAGUCCUAAGUUUGAGAUCAUCUCUGUGGGCUUCAUGGAUGUCCGUGAACUUACUCACAUACCAGCUGUUGUCCAGAAAAAAACUUACGUUAACAGGAGUAGCGUGGAGCAGAAGCACAGGUUUAGUAUGUCGUGGACAAAAGCUGAGUCUGCAACAACCACUUGGAAUCAUACUUGGGGUUUGAACUCCACUCUGACUUUUGAUUGUGAAUUUAUAGUAAAAUUUAAAUCAGAAGUCACAAUCUCAUACUCGGGAUCGUACGGCACCAGCUCCACGAAAGAAGCAUCCAUGACCUUGGGGGAAGAGACGGAGGUCACCAUCCCACCCCAUAAAAAGACAACUGUUAAACUAGUAGUCAACAAGCAGGAAUGCGGUCAGGUCCCAUUUACUGCUAAAAUUAAGAAGAUUAAGAGCAGUGGAGAUGUACAGGAGCUCACUGAACAGGGUACAUGGAGGGGGGUGAUUUAUGAAAAUGUGAUUGUUGAAGUUGAGGAGGAGGAUUUGUGAAGAGCAGUAAACAGAUAUAACAGCAACAUUUCCCCUAAGCGAGCUGGUGAAAUACAUGUAAUAAAGAUGAAUCUAGUAAUGCAUGUACUUUAUAAGCAACAUGAAAGAGUCUUUUUAGAAUGAAUUGGAUAAAUUACCCUGAUGUAAUCAAGUAUAACAACAACGUAGCUCCUAAUCAAGCUGGAGAAAUACACAUAACCAAGAUGAUCAGGAUUUAAAAACAUUUAAUUCUUAUUCUCAUAAUGAAUAUGUUAAGAUCUUUGUAAUAGACCUGUGGCUUUGCUUGUUAUGAUUCUGAAAUGCUUUUGGACCCAUUUUAUAAAUACCAUGUUACCUUGUAAUGCACAUAAUUUGCAGACGCAAUUGUUCUGGUUCCAUUUUAUAAAGAAUAUUCUUUGAUGAAAUAAGUCCUCUGUAGGUGUUUGACUGAGUGGCUUUUUCUUUAUUGCAAUAAAACCACGCUACUUAUCA